GUCAGGGAUGCGAUAGAGUAAAAAGAUGCUCUGGCCGAGUGGAGAGAGAGAGCGAGCACGCACUUCAAUCAGAGACUCACAUCAGCAGCAUCACAAGAUGGGCAACGUUCAACCCACAAUAACUCCGUUUGAAGACUUUGAUGUGAUGGCAGACAUCAAGACAAUCCGUAAGGCCUGCAAAGGAAUGGGGACGGAUGAAGAGACCAUCAUUUCCAUUCUAGCAAACCGCUCUGCAUUCCAGCGAAUGGAGAUUAAACAAGCCUACUUUGAAAAAUAUGACGAUGAGUUGAAGGAAGUCUUGAAGAAUGAACUCACAGGAAACUUUGAGAACGCAAUUAUAGCCAUGCUGGACCCGCCCAACAUCUUCAUGGCUAAAGAAUUGAGGAGAGCCAUGAAGGGUGCUGGGACAGAUGAGGACGUGCUGGUGGAGAUCCUCUGCACCUGCACCAAUCAGGAUAUUUUGAAUUGCAAAGAGGCAUAUGCGCAAGUGAAUGAGAGGGAUCUGGAGGCUGAUAUUGAAGAUGACACUAGUGGAGAAGUGAGGAAUCUUCUGGUUUCUCUCCUAGAGGCCAGCAGGGAUGAGUCUUAUGAGGUGGAUGAAACUUUGGCAGAACAGGAUGCAACAUCAUUGUUUGAGGCAGGUGAAGGACGUUUUGGAACAGAUGAGUCCACUUUCAGCUACAUCCUCGCUCAUAGGAACUACCUACAGCUUCAGGCCACCUUCAAGAUAUAUGAAACUCUCUCUGGAACAGAUAUCCUGGAUGCUAUAGACAGUGAGGCUACAGGAACAUUAAAGGACUGUUACAUUACUCUGGUGCGAUGUGCCAAAAAUCCGCAGCUAUAUUUCGCCCGUCGUCUGAACGCUGCGAUGAAAGGAGCUGGGACAGACGAGGACACGCUCAUACGUGUUAUUGUGGGACGCUCUGAGGUGGAUUUGGAGACCAUCAAGGACAUGUACUUGGAGAAAUAUGAUGUUACCCUAAAGGAUGCCCUGAGCUCAGAGUGUGGCGGUGACUUCAAGCGCCUCCUAAUAGAAAUACUUCACUGAGUCACCAUCAGGUGGAGCCAAUAACUAAUAAUAAAAAAAGAAAGAAUGAUCAUACAACACUGCCUGAAAAUACAUGCACAAUCACUUAGGAUCACCUCUUUGUGUCAAGGGAGCACACAUAUGCUCGAUUUUGUCAUUGGUGCAAUUUAGGAAUUGGAUAAAUUGAAAUAACGUAAUUAUUGCCAUAACACUUUCCUAAAACUAAAGCGCUGCUCAGUUUGACUGUCUUAUAGUGUUUAUUGCAGUAAAUUUGACUUCUGCAUUAACUCAUUACACACGUGCCUUGAGAAAAAAGUCAUGAGUAACAGCUCAGUAUUUCAUCAUCCAUUUCUUUUACAAAACAAACUGUGGAGCUGCAAAGGGUGGUCCAUUUAAACCUGUCUUUUCACAAGGGAUCUUUGUAUCUAUAAUCCAAAUAUGUAUGUCUUUAGUAUAUUGUACCAGUUACAUGCUAAUAUUAAAAGCAGCUAUCUUAAGUGCUAA